CUAAACACUGCAAAUCGGAGAGAUAGAAGCUAUAUAUACAUAUACAUAUAUAUACAUAAUCUCGCCGGAAAAUUUAUGCCUAUAAUAUUUUACGUAUCAAACUUCGUAAAAACGAUAGAGGAGGGUCGUGAGAGGUCUAGGAAUACUUCCCAAUAAAUUCCAGACCGAUUCGUAGUCACCGGAGCAUCCUAGAGGUCGCCGGAGUUGCAAGCCAUGGAAAUGGGUCUUCAGCAAAAGCGGACAAUUGGCCGUAGAUAGGGGUGGAGGAGCUUCGUCUCGACGUGAGGAUCAUUUUGCAACUUGAAUCGUUGAAAUCCGUUACCUAUGAUUAUGAUUAUGAAGAUUGAUGUACUUGCUGCCCGAGCGUUCCGCUAGUUGCACACGUUUGAUUAAUUAUUGUUGUUUAAAUUUGUAAUCCAUAAACUUUGUUUAAGUUUUAUCUGAUGACUACUUGAAUUAAUGGUGGAUAGCCUGUGCACUCAAUCAUGUAUAGGUUGAGUGUGGCGGUGACACACCUAUUUUUCCAUCAAAGACUUCCGCUGUACUCUAAAUAUGUUUUAUAAUAAAGAUGUUUUCAUUUCAAAAUGUUAUUUUAUUUUGGUGGGAAAAAUGGGGGUGUUACAUUCUUAUAUUGAUAGGCUCGUGAAGUUUACCAGCAUUCAGUUCGAGCAAUUAGAAAGGACAAACACCCGAAAUUUCUGAGAUGGGGUUGUGGUUUUGGUCCGACAUCUUAUUUGGCCGAGAGUUAUGUUUGCUUCAUGUGAGCGUGUAUUUUGUUCUUCACCUAGCAAUGUCUGGAGGUUGUGUCUUCCUCAUCGGUGUAAUCGAUCGAGUGGUUCAUUAUUCAUGGUUGACAAGACAAGUUUAUUCUGAAUCUCCAAUUACUCGCCCUCCUCCUGAGCCACCGCCUUACUCGAAGAAAAAGAUAGCGUUCAACAAGAUCUCCUUUUCGGUGGCUUGUCAAACUGAUGAUCCAAACAAUUUCCGCCCAAUUGAAUUUCCUUUGUUGGUUGAUGGUCAAACCAAUUCCCCUGUUCCGGUGGCCGGUGAAGCCGGAUCUUAUUGUUGCAAUUUUUUAUUUUCUCUUUGGAGUAGCAAGAAGAGCAGCAACACUGUUAGACUAGACUACAUUAUUGCGAGAUUAGCGAUCUAGAAGGAUUCAUUGAAUCUUUUCCGUUCUAUGUCUCAUCCCAAUGUAGCCUUAGGCUACUCGUUCUCUUGUAUCUUUGCUAUCUUUUAUUAAUAUAUUGGUUAUUUGAUUUAAAAAAAAAAGUCAAAUGUUACUACCCCGUUCCUAAAUAUCCUCCCCGGUUUGAC